AUGUUCACAUGGGCAAAUCUCCGCCAAAUGGUGCCCUUUCUUUCGCAGAGUCGCACUCUGUCCGAUCUCCUCACUAUUGACGCCAAAAGCCUCGCCUCUGGAUUGACGAAUGGGCACUUCACAAGUGUUGAUCUGGUAGAGAAGAGCUUUGAGAUGAUUCAGAAGCAUGACAAGUACCUUCAUGCGAUGUUGAGUAUGGUGCCGAAAGAUCAGCUGCGGCAGAGAGCGGAGGCGCUUGAUGAGGAGCGAAAGGAUGGCAAGGUUCGGGGGCGUUUGCAUGGGAUCCCGAUCGUGAUCAAGGACAAUAUCGCGACGGUUCCUGAGCUAGGAAUGGAGACGACCUGCGGUUCUUGGGCAUUGGAUGGCAUGGCCCCGACUUCGAAUGCCGAUCUCGUCGACAAACUCAUCCAAGCUGGCCUCAUCAUCAUCGGUAAAGCGAAUCUGAGUGAAUGGGCAUACUACCGAAGCAACGACCUCCCGAGCGGUUGGUCCGGCAAAGGUGGCCAAUGUCAAUCUGCCUACGUUCGCGGCGGCAUCGAUCCCGAGGACAGCAACAACGGUCACAGCAACCCCUCCGGCUCUUCUACAGGCUCAGCAGUUGCCGUCUCCGCAGGUUACGCCCCCCUCUCCAUCGGCACCGAAACAGACGGAUCCCUCGUAUCACCCGCAUCCCGUGCCGCUCUCUACACGAUCAAGCCGUCAAUCGGGCGAGUUUCUCAGUCUGGAAUCAUCCCUAUCAGUCAUACCAUGGACUCAGCUGGGCCUAUGGCCAAGACACCAUACGACCUUGCCGCUUUGCUGGAUGUUAUCUCGGGGACCGAUGAGUUUGCGACUACGGGGGGAUCUUGGGAUGAGCUGUCGAUUGCGACGAUCGACUUCAAGAAAUGGUGGCCAGGAGAGGACUACCUCAAGCCUGUUGAGAGUGCGACAAAGCAGAUGCACGCCGAGAUCCAAGCUGCGUAUGACAAGAUGGAGGAGCUGGCCAAGAAGUAUGUCGGCGACGUUCCCUUGCCGCCCCCAUCUGAGUGCUUCAUGCUUGAUGGGAAGGACAGUGAGGGUGUCAUCAUGAUGGCCGACUUUAAGCACGACCUCAACAAAUAUCUCGAGUCGGCCGAAAACUCAAAGAUCCAUUCCCUCAAAGAUCUCAUCGAGUUCAACAAAGCCCAUCCCGAUCUCGAAAUGCCUCCUGGUUACGAUGACCAGGGACUCUUGAUCGACGCCGAAGAAUCGGAUAUCUCGCUUGAAGACUACGAGAAGAACCUAGCUCACCUCCGAAAGGUUGCGCGCGACGAUGGACUGGACCGCAUCUUCAAGGAAUACGGUGUUGACGUGAUUGUCGGAUCAAGCGACACUGCUAUCAAGGCGUAUGCCAGUGGAAGCGGAUACCCCGUCGGAAAUGUUCCCCUCGGAUACCUAGACUUCAACGGUCGCCCUUUCGGCCUCGCUGUCCUCGCGGCCAAGAACCAGGAAGCCAAGAUUCUCAAGUUCAUGAACGCAUGGGAGGCUACUUUCGGCCCGAGAAAAGCUCCGCCGCUGCUUCAGUGA